UAAAUGAGUUGAGUGAGCUCGACCAUGACACUAUAUAGUCGUCAAUACAAACGAAAUAUUGGGAAAUCAAAUCAAACAAAAUACAAUAAAUAAACUAAAUAUAAAAUAAGUGGAGGUCGAUCUGCUCCAGGCGAAUGUAAACUCGAGCUUUCCGAGUCGAGUUGCUGGACUAGUCGCUCUCUGACCUGACUCGAUGCUCCGAGUCGGAUGGCCGGUACCAUUCACUAUAAUUCACUUCCUCGUUAACCAGCACGUUCGGAGCGUGUGGUAAAAAUUGGCCUUGGUUGUGUCUGCACUGAGCCGCUUAGAAAGCCAUGGUUGCACCAAUGGGGCCAAGCCUCGGCGACCAGCAGUCGUUGGGACCUGUGGGAGGGAGAGAUGAUGCUUAUGAGGCCGUCUAGCGGCUUCGGAGCGACCGUGUCCUGCGGUUCAUCACUCUCCUCCGCUUCCUCCUCCUCCUCCACAUCUCCCUUAAAGAGGCGUCUUCUCACAAUGACUCGUUCCUCCAUCAGAAUUGCCGUCGUUGGAGAUGUCCAUGACGACUGGGACCUGCAAGAAGAUGGAAAAGCACUUCAAUUUUUACAGCCCGAUUUGGUACUUUUUACAGGUGACUUUGGUAAUGAAAAUGUUGACCUUGUUAGGAGCAUUGCUGGUCUUAAAUUUCCAAAAGCAGCUAUUCUGGGAAAUCAUGAUUGCUGGUACACCAGGAGAUUCUCAAUGAAGGGGAAAGAUCGUGUCAAAGCUCAGUUAGAAUGUCUUGGUGAGGAGCAUGUUGGUUAUCGUCGUAUUGAUUUCCCUGGCUUAAAGCUUAGCAUUGUUGGAGGUCGCCCAUUCUCUUGUGGUGGUGAUGUCAUCUUUCGGCCUGAACUUAUUUCUGCAAGAUAUGGGGUCCAUGAUAUGAAGGAAAGCGCAAGAAAGAUCUGUCAAGCAGCAAUAGGAACUCCUGAGGGUCAUUCCAUCAUAUUUCUUGCACAUAAUGGGCCCACAGGUUUGGGCUCCCAGAUAAGUGCCAUCUGUGGAAGGGAUUGGGUGUUGGAAGGAGGUGACCAUGGAGACCCAGAUCUAGCACAAGCUAUAUCUGACUUGAAAGAAGGGUACAAGUUAUCUAUUCCAUUGGUUAUAUUUGGUCAUAUGCAUAAGCAGUUGGCAUAUAGAAGAGGCCUUAGGAAAAUGGUUGUUCAUGGAACUGAUGGCAUCAUUUAUCUUAAUGGAGCUGUUGUUCCAAGAGUAAAAAGAUUGAUGCAUACACAAGAAGCCAGCAUUUCCAAUUCUGCAACAACCAGUAGUCGUCUCACUGUACCUAAACCUAGAGGAAGUGUUCGUGAAUUUACAGUUGUUGAAAUGUUGGAUGGGAAGUUAGUAAGAGCAGCAGAAUCAUGGGUUUCAGUAACUGGAGAUGCCACUAAGCUCGAAGAGGAGUAUGUAUUCUACAAUCAUGUGGAAGACCAUAUCCCAUAAUACAAGUUGCACUUUUAGAUCUGCACACUGCAUUGCUACCAACUUUAAACCUUGUCUUCGCUAUCAGGCUACUCCUAUGGACAAGUUACUGGAAAUGGUAUGUAAGUAAGAAACUGUAAAGAAUGGUGUAAAUUAUUUCAAUGUCUACCUGGUUAUUGUAAAUUUGAAGUGCUUCAAUAGCUUUCUAUUGUGACCUCUCUUUCUCUCUCUC